AGAGUAAUUUGUUGAUAUCCUGCUUGGUAGUAUUAAUUUAGACUUUGGUAUUUCAAAGUAACAUUUACCCCCACUGUAGGGGUUUUUAUUUGCAUUUGGCAGCACAGUUAAUAAGAACGUUAUCUAUAUGAAGGGCUAAUGGAAGACACAAGGGAUUUGGAUGCCACCUGUGAUACCAAGAGGAGGAAGUAGACAGGCUGUCAACAGUAAACAUUAAACCCCGCUCCGGAUCAUACACACAGUGAGCAAGACGCUGAACGCACCCCACGUUCAGAGCGCAAGCGGAGAGACUCGUUCGGGAUGUUUGAUGGCUAUGACAGCUGCAGUGAGGAGUCUACCAGCAGCUCCAGCUCAGAGGACAGCGAGGACGAGGUGAUGCCCUCCAUCCCGGCCAGCCUGCCCAUCAUCAAGAACAAUGGACAAGUUUACACUUACCCUGACGGAAAGGCUGGAAUGGCCACUUGUGAGAUGUGUGGGAUGGUUGGAGUACGAGAUGCUUUUUACUCAAAAACCAAGCGCUUCUGCAGUGUGUCAUGUUCUAGGAGUUAUUCCUCAAAUUCCAAAAAAGCUAGCAUCUUGGCACGACUCCAGGGCAAACCACCAACAAAAAAGGCCAAAGUCUUACAGAAACAGCCCCUCAUGGCAAAGUUGGCUGCUUACGCCCAGUACCAAGCGAGUCAGCAGAACCAGGCCAAAUCAAAAGCAGUGGUCCCUGCAGAGAGCUUUGACUGGGGUCGGUAUAUCUGUAGCAAUGACACAGUUGGAGCUCCAGUCAGCUGUUUCAAGCAUGCCCCCAUGGGGACAUGCUGGGGGGGCAUAGAGGAAGGAGUGAGGCUUGAAGUGCCCAACUCUGAUACCAACCUCUCCACUAAGGUGUACUGGAUAGCAGAAAUCAUUAAGCUAGCAGGGUUCAAGGCUCUCCUGCGGUAUGAGGGCUUCGAUAGCGACACCAGUAAAGACUAUUGGUGUGAUCUCUGCGUCCCGGAGGUGCACCCGGUGGGAUGGUGUGCUUCGAGUGGCAAACCUCUUAUACCUCCGAAAACCAUACAGCAUAAAUACUCUAACUGGAAAGCUGUUCUUGUGAAGCGCCUCACUGGAGCUAAAACACUGCCACCGGACUUUAAUACCAAGGUACAAGAGAACCUGCAGUUCCCCUUUAAGAAGCUGAUGCGGGUGGAGGUGGUGGAUAAGAACUACCUGUGCCGGACACGGGUGGCGCUGGUGGAGCAGGUGACUGGGGGGCGCCUCAGGCUGGUUUAUGAAGAGAGCCAGGACGGGUCGGAUGACUUCUGGUGCCACAUGUACAGCCCCCUCAUUCAUAAUAUAGGCUGGUCGCGCAGCAUCGGACACCGCUUCAAACGAUCCGAUUUCACAAAGAAAAUGGAGGGUCAAGUUGAUGCUCCUGCACUGCAUUUCCUGAAGGUGAAAGAUGUGGACCAGAGUGGGGAUUGGUUCAAAGAUGGGAUGAAGAUAGAAGCCAUUGAUCCCCUCAACCUCUCAGCUAUAUGUGUAGCCACUGUAAGAAAGGUGUUGGCAGACGGGUACCUCAUGAUCGGGAUCGAUGGUUCUGAGGCGGUGGACGGGUCAGACUGGUUCUGUUACCACGGCACCUCCCCCUCCAUCUACCCUGUCGGCUUCUGUGAAAUCAACAACAUUGAACUCACGCCCCCUAGAGGGUAUACUAAACUGCCAUUUAAAUGGUUUGACUACCUCAGAGAAACAGGUUCAAUAGCUGCUCCUGUCAAGCUCUUUACCAAGGAGAUUCCUAAUCACGGUUUCCGGCAAGGCAUGAAGCUGGAGGCUGUAGAUCUAAUGGAGCCUCGGCUGGUGUGUGUUGCCACGGUGACGAGGAUUGUGCACCGGCUACUGAGGAUCCACUUUGACGGCUGGGAGGAUGAGUAUGACCAGUGGGUGGACUGCGAGUCACCUGACCUCUACCCUGUGGGUUGGUGUCAGCUGACCGGCUACCAGUUGCAACCCCCCGCCUCACAGAGUACCAGAGAUCUGCCUCAGUCUGUACCCAAACAGAAGAAGAAGGCCCAGCAGUACAAAGGCCAAAAGAAAAAGAGGAAGAUUCCAGUUGGUCGACGGCCCUUCAGUCAGACCGGCAGGAGGAGGAGCAGCUUCUCCGGAGACGAAGAGCAGAGCCCCCCCCCUUACCCUGCACAGGGGCCCUCUCGGCCACGGCCCCGACCCAGAACACACCUGCACCAAACACACAAAUCAGAGCCUCUCCUGAGGAUGAAGGAAGACCCGGCGGAGGUGGACGAGUUCACCUUCUCACAGGGCACCUCGGACCAGGAGAGCAACGGCUCCGGCAGCUACUACAUCAAACAGGAGCCCUGAGGGCAGGACUAGCAGGAGCAGGGGGGCAGGACUCUCCUCUGGGACCCCCCCUCUGGGACCCCUCAGGGAGGUGCAGAGUCAACCAGCCUCAAACCACACUCAGACCAACGCCUCAGGCCUUCAUGGAGUCCCUACAGGAAAUGACGAGGAGG